CUUUCGCAGGGGGAGAGCAAGGAUUUGUUGUUCAUCCUGACGGCCAAAUACAACGCCUGCAUCCUGGAGUACAAGCAGAACGGGGACAGCAUCGACAUUAUCACCCGUGCCCACGGCAACGUGCAGGACCGCAUCGGCCGUCCCUCAGAGACCGGCAUCAUUGGCAUCAUUGACCCAGAGUGCCGGAUGAUCGGCCUGCGGCUCUACGACGGCCUCUUCAAGGUCAUUCCCCUGGACCGGGAGAACAAGGAGUUAAAGGCUUUCAACAUCCGCCUGGAAGAGCUCCAGGUCAUCGAUGUGAAGUUUCUCUACGGCUGUCAGGCUCCCACCAUCUGCUUCGUCUACCAGGACCCUCAGGGUCGCCACGUCAAGACGUACGAGGUGUCCCUGCGUGAGAAGGAGUUUAACAAAGGUCCCUGGAAACAGGAGAACGUAGAGGCUGAAGCCUCCAUGGUCAUCGCAGUGCCAGAGCCUUUUGGAGGAGCGAUCAUCAUUGGGCAGGAGUCCAUCACCUAUCACAACGGAGAUAAAUACCUAGCUAUAGCUCCGCCUAUCAUCAAGCAAAGCACGAUUGUGUGCCACAACCGCGUGGAUCCCAACGGGUCCCGUUACCUCCUGGGGGACAUGGAGGGACGCCUCUUCAUGCUGCUGCUGGAGAAGGAGGAGCAGAUGGACGGCACUGUCACCUUGAAGGACCUGCGCGUGGAACUGCUCGGUGAGACGUCCAUCGCAGAGUGCUUGACCUACCUGGACAACGGAGUUGUGUUUGUGGGUUCUCGGCUGGGGGACUCCCAGCUUGUGAAGCUCAACGUGGACAGCAACGAGCAGGGCUCCUAUGUCGUGGCUAUGGAGACCUUCACCAACCUCGGUCCCAUUGUCGACAUGUGUGUGGUGGACCUGGAAAGACAAGGCCAAGGGCAGCUGGUCACGUGCUCGGGUGCGUUUAAAGAGGGCUCACUGCGGAUCAUCCGGAACGGCAUUGGGAUUCAUGAGCACGCCAGCAUUGACUUGCCGGGGAUUAAAGGCUUGUGGCCCCUGAGGUCGGAUUCUCAUCGUGAAACAGACAACACGUUGGUGCUGUCCUUCGUUGGCCAGACCAGGGUCCUUAUGCUAAAUGGAGAGGAAGUAGAAGAGACGGAGCUCACGGGGUUUGUGGACGAUCAGCAGACUUUCUUCUGCGGCAAUGUGGCACAUCAGCAGUUGAUCCAGAUCACCUCUGCCUCUGUGAGACUGGUUAGUCAGGAGCCCAAAGCCCUGGUGAGCGAGUGGAGGGAGCCUAACUGAAAGAACAUCAGCGUGGCUUCCUGUAACAGUAACCAGGUAGUGGUGGCUGUGGGACGAGCCCUCUACUACCUGGAGAUCCGACCCCAGGAGCUCAGGCAGAUCAGCUGCACAGAAAUGGAGCACGAAGUUGCCUGCCUGGACAUCACCCCUUUGGGGGACACCAACGGCAUGUCCCCACUGUGCGCGAUCGGGCUCUGGACUGACAUCUCCGCCCGCAUCCUGAAGCUGCCUUCGUUUGAGCUGCUGCACAAAGAGAUGCUGGGAGGAGAAAUUAUCCCUCGCUCCAUCCUGAUGACGACCUUCGAGAGCAGCCAUUACCUUCUGUGUGCCCUGGGGGACGGAGCUCUCUUCUACUUUGGGCUCAGCCUCGAGACAGGCUUGCUGAGCGACCGCAAGAAGGUGACCCUUGGAACCCAGCCCACCGUCCUGAGGACUUUCCGCUCUCUGUCCACCACCAACGUGUUUGCCUGCUCUGACCGCCCCACCGUCAUCUACAGCAGUAACCACAAGCUGGUCUUCUCCAACGUUAACCUGAAAGAGGUGAACUACAUGUGUCCCCUCAACUCGGAUGGCUAUCCUGACAGCUUGGCACUGGCCAACAACAGCACCCUGACCAUCGGCACCAUUGACGAGAUCCAGAAGCUGCACAUCCGCACGGUUCCGCUCUACGAAUCGCCCAGGAAGAUCUGCUACCAAGAGGUAUCGCAGUGUUUCGGCGUGCUCUCGAGUCGUAUCGAGGUGCAGGAUGCCAGCGGGGGCACCACUGCUCUCAGACCCAGCGCCAGCACCCAGGCCCUCUCCAGCAGCGUGAGCACCAGCAAGCUGUUCUCCAGCAGCACGGCACCGCACGAGACGUCCUUCGGAGAGGAGGUGGAGGUGCACAACCUGCUGAUCAUAGACCAGCACACCUUCGAAGUGCUUCACGCUCACCAGUUUCUGCAAAACGAGUACGCCCUCAGCCUGGUCUCCUGCAAGCUGGGCAAGGAUCCGAACACCUACUUCAUCGUGGGCACUGCCAUGGUGUAUCCCGAGGAGGCAGAGCCCAAACAAGGCCGCAUCGUUGUCUUCCACUACUCGGACGGGAAGCUGCAGAGCCUGGCCGAGAAGGAGGUCAAGGGGGCUGUGUAUUCCAUGGUGGAGUUCAACGGGAAGCUGUUAGCCAGCAUCAACAGCACGGUGCGCCUGUACGAGUGGACGGCAGAGAAGGAGCUGCGCACGGAGUGCAACCAUUACAACAACAUCAUGGCGCUCUACCUGAAGACCAAGGGAGACUUCAUCCUGGUGGGAGACCUGAUGCGCUCCGUCCUCCUCCUCGCCUACAAGCCCAUGGAAGGAAACUUCGAGGAGAUUGCCCGGGACUUCAAUCCAAACUGGAUGAGCGCCGUGGAAAUCCUGGACGACGACAACUUCUUGGGAGCGGAGAACGCUUUCAACUUGUUCGUGUGCCAGAAGGACAGUGCAGCCACGACCGACGAGGAGCGCCAGCACUUGCAGGAGGUGGGGCUGUCCCACCUGGGAGAGUUCGUCAACGUCUUCUGUCACGGCUCUCUGGUCAUGCAGAACCUGGGCGAGACGUCCACGCCGACGCAGGGCUCGGUGCUCUUCGGCACGGUAAACGGCAUGAUCGGACUGGUGACCUCGCUGUCAGAGAGCUGGUACAACCUCCUCCUAGACAUGCAGAACAGGCUGAAUAAAGUCAUCAAGAGCGUGGGCAAGAUCGAGCACUCCUUCUGGAGAUCGUUUCACACCGAGCGCAAGACGGAGCCGGCUACGGGGUUCAUUGACGGGGACCUGAUCGAAAGCUUCCUGGACAUCAGCAGGCCCAAGAUGCAGGAGGUGGUGGCAAACUUGCAG